AUGAAAGAACAGGCUGUCAGUUUUUGUCAGAAGGGUAGUAAAAAAGUUGAGCCAUUUGGAAACAAUGAAGAACAAAACUUCAAUGUCUCCUCUGCCCAAAUUUUUUUUUUCCCUCUUCUAUUUCUCUUUUCCCUCCAACCUUUUCCUGGUGCAUCACAAGCUUCAAUCCAUGAAACUUUCCUUCAAUGCCUCAACAAAAACUUGAACCCCUCAGACCAAAACUCAUCCAUUCUCUACGCCCCCACCAACCCUUUAUUCCCAACCGUCCUCCAAUCCCACAUCAGAAACAAGCGCUUCAACAACUCCACCACCCCCAAACCAACCCUCAUUGUCACCCCUGUUCGCGAAACCCAAGUCGGUGCCGCCGUGCUUUGCGCCAAAACCAUCAAAAUUCAACUCAAAAUCCGAAGCGGUGGCCACGACUACGACGGCACAUCCUAUGUCUCCGACGUCCCCUUCGUCAUCCUUGACAUGUUCAAUCUCCGGUCAAUUGACGUCGACAUUGAACACGAGACCGCGUGGGUACAAGCCGGUGCCACCAUGGGCGAACUCUACUACAGAAUCCAGGAAAAGAGCAAAAUUCAUGGUUUUCCAGCCAGCGUUUGCACCACUGUCGGUGUUGGCGGGCAUAUUAGCGGAGGUGGUUACGGUACUAUGCUCCGGAAAUACGGGUUAUCGGUCGAUAAUGUGGUCGAUGCACGUAUAGUGGAUGUUAAUGGCCGAAUUUUAGACCGUAAGGCCAUGGGUGAGGACCUUUUUUGGGCUAUCAGAGGUGGUGGUGGUGCUAGUUUUGGUGUCAUAUUGGCCUACCAAGUUAAACUAGUUAAAGUUCCCGAAACAGUCACUGUUUUUCGAGUGGAAAAGAAUUUGGAAGAAAAAGCUACCGACCUUGUUCACCGUUGGCAAUUGGUGGCCGAUAAGACCGAUAACGAUCUCUUCAUUAGGCUUCUUCUUCAGCCACAGAUUGCCAAGAAAAAUGGUCCCAAGACCGUAAAGGUAUCAUUUAUAUCAUUGUUUCUUGGAAAUGCCGAUAGACUGAUGUCGGUCAUGAACAAAGAUUUUCCGGAGUUAGGUCUGAAGAAAGAUGACUGCAAGGAAAUGAGUUGGAUUCAAUCGGUCAUUUACUGGGCGGAUUUUGAUAAUGGGACUUCGGUUGACGCUUUGCUCAACAGAGUUCCCAAGGGGGUGAAUUUUUUUAAGAGGAAAUCGGAUUAUGUUCAGACACCGAUUCCCAAAGAUGGGUUGGAGUCAAUUUGGAAGAAACUGAUGGAACUUGAGAAAAUAGGACUUGUUUUCAAUCCAUACGGCGGAAGGAUGAGUGAAAUUCCAGAGUCGGAGACUCCUUUCCCACAUCGAGCUGGAAAUAUAUUUAAAAUUCAGUACUCGGUUAACUGGAAUGAAGAGGGUAUUGAGGCGGACAAGAAAUAUAUGGACAUGAUUAGAAAGAUGCACGGUCACAUGACACCUUUUGUGUCCAAGUCUCCUAGAGAAGCAUUUCUCAACUACAGAGACCUUGACAUUGGUGUCACUCGCAAUGGUAAGGAUAGUUACGGAGAAGCUAAGGUCUAUGGGGUUCAGUAUUUUAAGAACAAUUUCGACAGGUUGGUGAAAGUGAAGACUAUGGUUGAUCCGGAGAACUUCUUCAGAAAUGAACAAAGCAUCCCACCUGUUUCUCCUUGAAGGAAAUGAGUAUAAGUGCAUAUCAUCUAUGAUUGCUUGGUUAUAUUUAUGAUAAUUUGUUACUUAAUUUAUAUGGUACAAGAAAAUGGUGGUUUGGUUACAGAGUGAAACAUCUU